AUGAAUGCAUUUUUUGAUGGGUACGUGCAUUCAAAGACUUCGUUGAAGCAGUUCGUGGAACAAUAUGAAAGAGCACUGAGAAGUAAAGUUGAGAAAGAGUUCCAGGCCGAUUUCAGGUCAUUUUCCCAAAUGGUGCCCUGUGCAACGGCAUUUGAAAUGGAAAAACAAUUUCAAGCAGUAUACACCAUUCCAAAGUUCAAGGAAGUUCAACAAGAGUUCAUUGGGAAAGUAUACUGUGACAUCGUAUCUGAAAAUACCAAUGAUCAUUUUUGGACGACCUACGAUGUGCGGGAACAUGUUGUAUAUCAGGAACAUACGAAGAAGAAAACUUUUCACGUGUCACUUCGAAAGGAGUCAUGCGAGUUGAUUUGUAGUUGUCACCUAUUUGAGUUUCGAGGAAUCAUUUGCAGGCAUGCGAUCGCAAUAUUGAUUCGUAAUGACAUUACGACGAUGCCAGAUAGGUACAUACUCAGGAGGUGGAGAAGAGAUGUCAGUAGAGCCCACACAAGGGUUGCAGUAAAUUAUGAUGGAUUGGUGAGUACCCCCGAACAGUUGAGGUAUGAUGACAUGUGUCGGGCUUUUUCAGAGGUCACAGAUCUCACAGCAAAUGAUGACGGUUGGACCUGUACUAUAAUGGAUCGGAUAAAAUCUCAAGCAUCAGAUUUGCGGAUGUCAAUAUCGAGUAUCCGAAACGCUGGCCGUUUGCAAAAUAUGACAAACAUGGGCUCGACUUGUAACGAUUCACUGAACACUAGCACCACCAGCAUAUUAGACCCUGUAUCAUCGAGCAGAAAGGGUGCGCCUACGAAACGCCGACGGAAGGGUCCAUUGGAAAAGGUGACUUCAUUGUCAAACAAGGGGAAAAAAUCGAGAGCUAGGCCUCGUUGUACAAAAGAGGCAAUACCAACUGUCCAGGCGUCUCAACAUUCUCAGAGUUCUAGGUCGUCACCCUUAUCAUCGUCACAAAACCUACUGGCUUACAAUGCUAGUCAGACGUUGCCACCAACAAAUGUCAUAAUCAAUGCUCAAGGUGAUGUCAUGCCAAACUACUCUCAACAUUUGGCCAGUGAAGGUUCCACAGGCUUCUUUUGA